CACAACAUUUACCUCAUCCUCUACUUCUUAGAUAUAUUAUACUCUGUUCCAUCUCUGUUUUUUUCAGACUCUAAGAGCACAAUGGAUUUUGAACAAGGACCGGGUUUUCGAUUCCAUCCCACCGAUGAAGAACUCAUCAAUCAUUAUCUGAAUCUGAAGAAACUUGGUUUGGAUGACAAAGUCUCGGCUAUUGGAGAGCUGGAUAUUUGCAACUUCGAGCCUGGGCAGUUACCCCAGAUGGCUGCUACCCAAACAAACAAUUACACAUGGUACUUCUUUUCGCGUCCGGAUUACAAGUACAAAAACAGCAAACGAGCGAACAGGAGAACCGAUGGUGGGUACUGGAAAGGUACGGGCAAGGAUCGCAGAAUCAUGGAUGGAAACAACAAUGAGAUUGGCACCAAGAAAACUUUGGUUUUCUAUGAAGGUCAUGUACCUAAUGGAGUGAAGACUAAUUGGGUUAUUCAUGAGUUCCAUUCCAACAACAUCAACCAGAGGGAUUUCGUUCUCAGUCGUUUGAAGCUAAAACCGGACGGUAGCACUGAUGAUCCAAUAUAUGAAGAAAGCCAGCCAAGCCAGAAUGCAAAUCAACAGAUGGAACCUCAAGUUCAGGAGGAUUUGGGCUAUUUUCCAACCGCCUUCCAUGAUCUGGAUUUCGGCUACGCAUCUGCACAACAGUUGGAGAUGUAUAUGUGGCAGGAAGGACCCUCCUAUGGAAGCUCUACAUAUUCGAAUGGUUAUUGAUACAAUAUGCAUAUAACUAUAUUGUUUAAGUUUUCUUAGGAGUGUAUGUGUUUGAACUAAAAUGUACUGGUGUGUUAGGGUUUUAAUGUUGAAAUAUAAACUAUAAAUGUUGAAUGAAAGGUAAUGAAGUUUGUUUGUACUAAGUUUAAUGUUGAAAUAUCUGGUGUACCAUACUACCAGUUAUAGCGUUCAUGGUAAACUAUUAGUAGCCAAGUGUGGAGCAGAUAACUGUUGAAAA